CGGUGUAGACGUGACGUUCGUCUUAGCGCAAUACGUUUUACGUACUUCGUAACAUAAGUUUUGAUUGCGAUAAAUCGGCGGCCGAUUAUAACGUAUAUAGUGAAGUGAUUAAAAUUAUAGAAAAUCCGCGGAACCUAAGGUUGUGUUCAGUGAAAGUGCAUAAAAACUUAUCUGGGACGAAGAAAUUGAAAUUCUUGCAUUAAAAUAAAUAGAUUUAUGGAGUUCUCGACCGAAUAAUCGUGUCUGCGUGACGAUGCGAAUUGGAAGUUGAAAUCGUGGAUUCGUGGAUUUUCACGGGCUUUAUGAGGGAGAGAAGAUCUCUACCAAUAAGCGGCGAAGUGGCGCUCAAGGGUGAAAAGGAUGGAGGCGGUAGGGGAUUGGUGGUGAACUCUGUUUUAUGUGGUGUGGUGGAUGAACUGUCAAACGGGCGAGGACGCCGAGGCUCGUGGGUUAGGCACGCAGUUAUGGGUGUGCUCAGGUGGAAGGAUUUGACUGGAGUGCGGACCAGUUCCCCUACUGAUCAAAAAGAGUCGUCACGUGAGACUCGGCGGCCGGUAUCAGUAAGUGGAGCAACAGCCCCUGGAGACCGGUAUGAAGAGAGAAUACCGCAUGGACCGCCCUCCUCUCCUGGAGCUGUGGCUGCACAGCGACGGGUGGCGGCCGCCUGUCUCGCCAGCAGAAGACUUCUGGAGGAAAUCCUGGCUAAAUCUGGUACUCCCCCAACAGUAGUCUUACCUCCCGGUGGUGGUUACUGGGCGGAUGGCGUUGACGACAAUCCCCCAGAUGAAGACAACGAACCCCGUCCCCAACCGGGAACACCUCAGCAGGUGUCCAGACGACCCAACAUAGACACUGACGACACCGCCAAGUACUACAGGCGGUUCUUUCUAGGAAAGGAACACAUCAACUUGGUCGGUUUUGACACAAGCCUGGGGCCAGUAGUGAUGUCUUUGAAAAACGAACACAUGGCUGGUCAGGAUCACACCAGGAUACUUUUGCGACUGCGUACCGAAACUAUGCAUGGACUUAUACCUAUUACAAAUGCUGGUAACCUACCCCCACCGCUCAGAAUGGCGAAAAUGCUGAACGAACAAGUGAAUGUCGACAACUUCACAGCUAUCAUGUGUCUGAAUGCGUCUUCAAUGAUAGCCGCGUAUGAUGAACACGUUUUAGUGAACACUUUCAAGUUCGGCGUUCUAUACCAAAAGUACGGACAAACGACUGAGGAGGAUUUAUUCGGGAAUAAUGACACAUCUCCGGUGUUUGAUGAGUUUUUGGAUAUGUUGGGACAGAGGAUUAAGUUGAAGGAUCACAAAGGUUACCGAGGUGGUCUAGACAUAAUGAACGGGCACACUGGUACAGAGGCGGUCUAUGAAAGGUUCUACGAUCGAGAGAUCAUGUUUCAUGUAGCGCCGCUAUUGCCGCACACCGCUGGCGACGCGCAGCAAUUACAAAGGAAACGACAUGUUGGAAAUGACAUUGUUGCUAUUGUAUUUCAGGAAAGAUCAACCCCGUUCACACCUGAUAUGAUCGCUUCACACUUCUUACACGCAUUUAUCGUGGUCACGCCCAUCGAAGUCGAAGGGGAGACCAGGUACAAAGUGGGCGUCACAGCUCGUGGGGACGUACCAUUCUUCGGACCGACUCUCCCGCAGCCUUCAAUAUUCCGCAAAGGCCGCGAAUUCAAAGACUUCCUCCUCACCAAGUUAAUAAACGCUGAAAACGCAUGCUACAAAGCAAAGAAAUUCGCUGAACUCGAGCAACGAACCCGUAUGUCAUUACUCCAGUCGUUGGCUGAAAAGUUGAGAGAUAAGACUGUUGAGUUCCUUGGUACGGGGGCGCGAUGUGAUAUAGGAGCGGUUUCACCACAGCCUGAGGGAACUCCGAAACAAGACGGACCGGCUACCAAGAUAUUUGAUACAGUUCGAAAAGUCAUAUAUAAUUCGAAAAUGAGAUCACCAAGUGUAGACACGAAUCUGUCCAGCGAUAGUAAUAAAAAUAACGCGUGCAAGCGAGUUUUAGCGCACGAAAUACCAACUCCAAAUAGUGGACGAUCAAAGACGUCCAUACCAUCCUCAUCAGCCAGUGCAGUGUCAGUCCGGUCAGCGGGCGGUUCCGGUUCCGGUGAAUCCAGCCCAGAUGUGACGUCACGAGCGGCUGCGCCACGCCCUCCGCUACAUGAUCAUAGCGAUGACUCCAGCCUGAAUUCUGUCGAUCUUGAUCCACUUGGUGGCGUUUACGUGGAUAGUGACACUGGCUUAGAAUCCAUGUCGUCAGCUGAAGCAGGCGCAGCCAAUAACAGAGAGGCCAUGGUGCCUCCGAGAGACGCAGAUCAGUUACGGCAGGAAGUCUGCCGACUUAAGAACGACAAAUUGGACCUUUUAAAACAGAAUAUUACAUGGCAAAACGAAAUUAAGUCCCUGCGUGAACGAGUGAUGUCUCUACAGGCCGAGUUAGCUGCGGUGGGCAAAGAACGGAGACGGGAAGCCACCAUUAUACCCAAUACUACUCAUGAUUCCACCGCUUAGAUUAUAUAUGGCAUAUAUGCAUACGGCUUGUUUUAACUUCAAACAGCGCCAUCUCUGUUUAUUGCGUUAAACGGAAGCAAACGAAAGUUUGUAUGUUUGUUAUCCUUUUGGAGUUUAUUUUAUAAAUGUUAUUGAAAUAUUCGCGGUUAUUUUUUAGUUUUUGUUAGUUUCCGUAGAUGUAACAUAGUGCUGACCUAUGAGAGAUAUAGAAAAUUAGUGUUUUCAAUUUCUUUCAUUAGUAUUAAAACUAAAAUAUGCCGCGAAGUUUCAAUACCAUCAAAAUACAAAAUUAGCUAAUCAAUGUCUUUGUUUAAUCAUUCAUUAACGAAUUUUGUGGUAGAAAUCUCAUCGGAAUUAAUGAUUUGAUUGUUAGUGAAUUAGAUUUCUGUGAAAUUAAUGCUAACCCGGCCUAAUUAUAGUGAAAUAGUGCAAUAUAUAUAUAUUAUACUAUUUGUAGAAAAUUAUAUACUACAACAACAAAUAUUUUUCCAAUAUUUAUUUAUACAACAGACAACAGUAAAAUAUCUUUAAUAAAAACUUAUUUUGUGAUUAUUUGAAAAACUUCUAUUGCAUUGUUUAUAAUCAAAAUAAUCCAAUAAAAAUUUACAGCUGCGCACUGACUGCAUCGUAAAGUAUAUGUCAGCACAUUAAUAUUUUCUAAUUAUUAAACGCUAUAAUAGAGAAUGUAUCGAUUUGACCUAAUUUAUAACUAUCAUAAAAAUAUCCAACCUGUUAAUUGGGAUGCAAAAAAACCGGUUGGAAGUAGUGAUUAAAAAGUAAUCGGGUUUUUUAUUUGAUUUUUGUAGUACUCGAAGUACGAUUUCUUAUUAGAAAAUAGAUUAAUUCUUGUUAUAAAAACUGGUACCUACGAAAGCCUUCGAUCUUGUAGCCAUAGUAAAAUGAGGCUCAUUAGAGUCCUAUAGGAGUCGAUUAGAAUUUCUAUUUUAUAUAAAUCCCAGUAUAUAUUUUAUCUACAUGUGUAAAAGUUUGCAAUUCUUGUGUUUUUUCUAAAGCAAAGUUUUGUACUAUAUUUCUAAACAUUUAUAGAUAUAGAUUUUCAUAUGUACGUAAUCAUUUUCUCAGCACAUUUAAAUUCCAUUUGGAUUUUGGAUAAGUUUAAUUUAGUUUUCCAGUGUCAGCUGGCUUUGUAAAUAUAAUUUAACUGGUCUAGGACUAUACUAAAUAAACAGUAUUUCUUAAUUUAUGCUUGACAGUUAAGUAUCGUUUCGAAUGUCUUUGAGUUUGAUUAUGUUUUGUUGAUUAUAAUUAAUAUUUUAUACCAAAGUUAACAUUCCCAACUAAAUAGCAUAAUGGUUUCGUAGCACGUAUAAUAGAGAUGAAUCAGUAUUCUUAAAAAAAUGUAGCAUAUGUCUAAGUUUACAUUUAGUUAAUAUUAAAUGUAAUCUUUUAGAUUUUGUUCAUCUGUUGAUAAUGAUAAGUUUAAGAACUACUGUUGAUUCUUCUCUUAGACUUAAACCAAAUCAAGCGCGGAGCGUAAGAAUAUAGGUAUAAUUGUAAGAGAUACUAUUGAAUUAUAUUAAUAGUUAUUCAAUUA